AUGUCUACUGUUUCACUGUCCGAAGAUUUCAAAGAAGAAGAGGUUGCCGAACUGGAUUUAUGUGCUUCACUGAUGGCAGCGUGCGAUGUGUUGGAGGUGGCACAGAAUAACAACCAAGUCAAUUAUUUUGAUCGACUCAAAAGACAUUCACAAUCCCAAACAAAGCCCCGGAUACAAAAUAAUGCAAUUGUGAAAGAAGGAGUGGCCUGGUAUCCAAAUGAGUUCGUCAUUGUACAUUCCGAUCUCACAUCUACCGUUUGGAGUGAGAUCUCGGAGAACCCGGCAAUAUGCUCCGAGCAAGAUAGGUCACACAGUGCGCACAGACGACAGGAAUUAGAUUCCACCGAAGAAACGGUACAAAAACAACAGAAGAAAGAAUCCAAAUGUGAUAUCAUUGGGAACUCUCCCUCCUCUUUUUCAUCUAAACUACCAGUAUUUGAAAAAAGUAAAACAAGUCAGGACACUACUAUCAUCCUUGACACGUCCAAGAUGGGCACAACACAGCGCAAUCCGGCCCGAAUGUUGCAGCGAUUCAGCGUGGAUUCAACACCAAGUCCGGUUCACACUGUUACACCGCAAAUAAGACGUGAAUCUCGGGUACGUGAGUGCAUGAGAAAAUAUUUUCCUGGAUGUGAUGCAAAAGAAGUGACGGAGAAACUGAUGGAAGAGAAUAAGGCCGAGAGUGAUCGUUCAAGGCGAAGAACACCCAGUCCACGAACAGUUCGGAAGCCGUGCUCUAUUUGGACCAGUGUGAACCGAACCGAUCGAAUCUAUCGAGCCGCUGUGGAAUCGGAGAACCGACAACGAAAUAAGCCAAUCAGUCGAAUAAACGGUCGUUGUGGGCAAGUCAAACGCCAUCCCCGAUUCACAAUUGCACCAACAUCUACGGUGCGCGCUCCGACUAAAUCUGUGGAGACCACUCCAGAUACGAGAGAACAAGGGGACAGUCAGCCAGAAGAAGACGGUGAAUUAACGACAGACGAGUUGACCAAGCUGGAUAGAUCAGGUUCCGAACAGGUUACAAUUGUGACCGCUCAAAAGCCACAACAGGAUUUAAUUGAAUCAAUUCAAACAGACAUUAUUGGGAAAAAGCCACCUGUUACGGUUCGUUAUCGUUCAAAAUCACCUCCGGUUCAUUACUUGGAGAACACCAAAUUGUCUGUUCCGAGAGUCUGCUCAUCUUCCUCUUCAUCUUCAAAACCGCGUCUGAGAAAACAUAUUCAUGCAAUCCAAAAUCGAUGGUUUGGCGGUUUCAAUACCGUGGCCGACAAGCUUGCUCGGGUGGCAAAACUCACCGAAGAAUUAACUCGAAUUCAAUCACAAUUGAAACAAUUGCAAAAUUAUAGCACGCUGGGACGAUAUUAUUGUAUUGCUGAUCUUUACCUUGGUCUGCUUUGUGCCCAGUUGGCUCCACAUGUUGUGAAUGCUAUGCUUUCCUGUGGCAAAUCGGAAACUUUCCCCUUACGCCGAAGGAAAUCCAGACGGUCACGUUUAGGAUCCCUUAAAUUCUUGACUCUCGCGCCAUCUGCCGUGAAAGCACUGCUGUUUGAGCGUCGUAGAAAAAGAUCGCGGAAGCUCACAAACGGUAUGCAUAACUCACUGCCAACAGGAAUCUCGUGGUCGGGAUCUUAUUCGGACCAAUUUAACGGACAAAAAGUGCUCAAUGAAACCACAUCGGAAGUGGAUCGUCGUCGAUUGCCUUGGUUGCGGUGUCGUGAAUCAUGUCCUCUGGUUUUACUUCCGCGUUGGGAACAAAGAUUUGUCGGUCUGCGCGAGGCGGACGUGCCACCAGGAGGAGCUGUUUUGGUUUGGAGAGAUAGACUGAGACUCACUCCGGCUCAAAUGAAGUGGUUAGCUGACAUGGUGAGGCGAACGUUCGCUUCAUUUUUUGAACAAUAA